CACCGUUUGUUCUCUGGCCGUUUGCUUUUCUCCCUUCUACUGCAAACGGGUUGCCAUCUAUCUCCUUUCAACCCACGCUUCUUCUUUUUUGAGACUUCGUCCUAGUUAUCAAUACGGCACAGCACUCAUUCGACUUUCCAAGCUCACUUCGUUCCGCAUCGGAUACCUCCCAUUCCCCCAGCAUCCAAAGGUGCAAACAUUCCAAAAUGUCCGAAUACACAGCUGGCGCAGCCGGCAUGACCGCCGUCGACAACAGAGACUGGGAAACCGCCAUCACCCAGCUCUCCAAGGCGAUCAAGGUCAUCAAAUCCCCCAAGUGGCUCAUCGGCCGCUCCAAGGCCUACAUCGGCACAAAGGACUUCCGCCGCGCCCUCCGCGACGCCGAGCUCGCCCAAGUCGCCGCCGCCGGCCGUAACAACCGCCCCUUCAUGGCCGACGCGCAGUACCGCCGCGCCGUCGCCCACUUCCGCCUGGGCGAGCUGGCCAACGCGGAUACCUGCGCCACCUGGGCCCAGCGCAUGGUCGAGGGCAAGAGCAUGGCCGAGCUGAGAGCGCCCGAGGUCGACGAAAAUGGGUUUGCGCAGGGUACUAGGAAGGCGCUGCAGGACGAGAUAACGGCUGUCCGGCAGACGGAGGAUCCGGCGCAGAGUAAGUUUGGGGCGAUCUGGAACUCCAUUUGCGCUUUGCGGCUGCAGAUCCUGGGCGGGCUGGAGAAGCUUGCUGGGGACGAUGAGAAGAGAAAGGUGACGGUCAAGUUUGCGCCUGACGUCUCGCUCGAUGCCCCCGACACGGAUGAGGUGGAGGAGUUUACAAAGGAGGAGAUUGAGGUUGCCAAGGCGGAGGCGGUCGCGAAGCCACAGCCAAAGAAGGAUGUGCGCGUGGACUUCUUCCAGAGCAGUACUACUUUGACUGUGACUGUCUUUGCGAAGAACAUCCCCAAGGACGACUUCAAAGUCGACUAUGGCGAAUCUGAGAUUAGUAUGUCGCACAUUCCCGGCCAUGAGCCCUCUUACACGAUCCAUCUCCAUGGCCGCAUCGACCCCGCUGGCUCCAAGCACACCGUCACCGCGAACAAGAUUGAGUUCCAACUCAAGAAGGCGGAGGCCGUCAAGUGGCCUACACUUCAACGUCCCGCCGACAGCGCCGCUCCGGCAGCGAACAAGUCCAACCCAUCGCCCGCUACAACCGCAACUGCGCAACCCAAGGUCGCCGCGACCUCUGGCCCCGCAUACCCGACCUCUUCAAAGUCCGGACCUAAAAACUGGGACAAGCUCGAAGGCGCCGAUGACGACGAUAGCUCCGAUAUCAACGGGUUCUUCAAGACGCUGUACAAGGACGCUACGCCAGAGGCACGCCGCGCCAUGAUGAAGUCUUUCACCGAGAGCAACGGCACCUCGCUCAGCACCGACUGGGAGGACGUCAAGAACCGCAAGGUCGAGACUGUCCCUCCCGAAGGUGUCGAGGCUAAGAACUGGGAGUCUUGAGAUGCUAGAGGCGGCUGAUGCAGCUCAAGCGAGGCUCAUAUGAUAAGUAGCGAAACGCAUGUUCACUGGUACGGAUUAGGAGGCAUUGGCAUCUCCUAGUAGGAAUGGUUCGAGGGACAUCAUGAUAUGACAUUGACGACGGGGCGUUUGGGCAGUGAUUUUUGGGCAUUUGCCUUUCCGCAGAUACAAAAAAAGUAGUGCAUCAUGAGAGGGAGAGAGC